CUCCUCUUGUGAUUUAGGACGGUUAGGACUUUGGGACAAAUGUUGAAUUAUCGCACGCUUCUAUCACGUUUAAUUCAGCGGCAACGCAGCUUCAAACAGAUUCACCUUGAACUCUGAAGCAGCAGACGAAUCGAUCGCAUUUGUGUUUAUUUCUGCACGCCAUUCAUUUCUUGGUGGGGACUGGUUGUGCAGGGCGUUAGCACUUCCUCAUGGACUUCACCAUGGCGACGGCGACGCCGGGCCAGGUUGCAUUGAUUCUCCUGGGCAAGUCGGCAGGUAGUAAUGGCCGUCGAAGUGGCCAGUACGCUAUUAUUGUCUUCGAUGCUCGGAUCCUCUCGAUAUUCUGGUCGCCAAUCCUCUGCCUUCAGGAUCGAAUUGGAGUCGCGUUCAGCUGAUGAUUCGAAUGAUAAUUAAGAAAGUAAACCAUGUCGGAGCAUAGAGGCACGUCCUUCUUCCACUCGUGCGUAAAGGUGCCGGUGGAUCCUUGCAGCAGGCAACCAAUUCCUUCAUAUGAACGUCCACGACUGUCGUCGGCGAGGAGUCGAAGAUCGGAGAAGGUAAAAAAGAUCAAUUUUGCGGAGAGUCAACCGACCGCCGAGGACUCGGAAUCGUCAUGCGACACCCUGGAGAACUUUCUGGAGUUUAUGAAGAGCAUACCGGACUAUGGGCAGGUACACCACCUGUCGAACGAGCAGUUCAAGCAGAGGGUUGAGUAUCUGCGGAGGAAGCAACGGCUGCUUCUUCAGAAUUUGAGAAAUUCAAUGGACGAUUUGGCGGAAAAGCCAUCGUCGCUAUUGUCGACUACGAGAAACGAGAACUCGAAGUCGAAGGACGUGAAGCCGGACAUCGUCAACGAACUCAAGUUGAAUGGCAAAUGCUAUUUUGAAGAGUCCAGGACCAGCAGUCCGAUACUUUUUCCAUCCGGCACUUUCGCCGGGCUUGCCGAGGAUCAAGAUCUGCUAACAUACAGAUGCAGGGACAAAGACAAGGAGACGAAAACGAUGCGUAACAAAGAAAUACUCGCGGCUAAUAAGAGUUGGAGUACUUGGAGCGGAUCAAAGAGUGACGACAGCGUAGACAGCGAUGGCGAAGACAGCAUCGAGACGAAGAGCUUGCCGCCUAAUAGUUCAAAAGAGUGGCACCCUACGGUGCCGAAACCAUUUAGUUUUACCCUGAGAGAAGAAGCGGAAAAGUUUAUGACGGAAAUGGAAGCGACCGACCGCAUGAAUCAGGAUGAUACGAAGAAAAGUCCUUCGAAGAAACGACGAAUCAGACCGAUUCCUAUUACGUCUAAAAUACCACUUUAUGACAAACUGAUGGCCGAGAAAGAGGAAAGGAGUCGCAUUGUGCGCGAGGAGAGCGCCCUGAAUCUGUUGUCGCAGGUACGACCUUUCAAGCUGGAGUGCGAUCGUCGUGCCUGGCGAUCCCUGGCGAGGUCCAGUCCCGAGCUCCGCUCGAGCAAAAGCAGUUCUUCGCGCUUCAAGGCCAAACCAGUGCCGAGAAACUUGUUCGGCACCGAGGUUUACGAUCGCAUGCUCGAGGACGAGUAUUACAGACAGCUGAAGAAGAGGGUGAGGGCUGCCGAACUGCUGAAGUCCUCUUCCUUGCCGCCGUCGAUGGCGAGACGCGAGCGCGUUAAAUCCGUGUGUGCAUCCUUGCAGGACAUAUCAUCCACCAAGGACGACGAUGACUCUGUCAUUCCGACGACGACGCCAUCGGACAGAACCAGAUCCGCGAUGACGUCUAUAAUGUCCUCGCGCGGAAACAACCUGGCCGCGAUCCUGAGAUGUCAGGCUUCACGAGAGAAACUGGAGCACGAGAUACGGGAACGAAUGGAGGAGAAACGGCGGGAGCAGAUACUGAAGUUCCGGGAGGCGCUGAUCGGUCGGAAACCCGCUUGGAGAGCCUUGAGAUCAGCCGCGAGGGACCUGAAUAUACGGACGUCUCUUCGUCGCGAUGAGGCGCGGGAGCAGGCCGAACGUCAUCGUCUGCAGAUGGAAAUGAUGCUGGACCGCGUGACGCAAAUACCGACCCUGUUUGAACGGCAUUCUCAGAGCUUCCAGUCACUUGCGAUGACACAGCAAUCGGAAACUUUUCCACAGAGCAUCAAUGUUCGCAAGAAGAAGAAGAAGAAAAAGCAGCAACAGCCGCUGAAGAGGCCCACGUCGAGCAGUCUAGAUUCGUACAUGAGUUUUGUCAGCAACUACAGACCGAAUUCAGGAUCAUUGACCAGCUCUUCCGGAACUCUAAUUUCUUCGAGCCAAUCGUCGCGCGAUUCCUCUGAUAAGUCAGCGGCUAAGUCAGAGAACUCGAAGAGGAAGGUCGAUCGUGGUCCGCUGAAGGUGUCGAUCAACGAAACGGCAGAACUGAUCGAGGAUCGUAACGAGAAGUUGACGAGCAGCGACGAACGAUCUCGUAGUGAAGAACACGAGGAUGCGUUGUAAAACGACAACACGCAACGUCAUCGUCGAACAGUGAAUCAAAUUGAUAUCUUUAAUUCUUCUACAGGUAUUCUGAGAAUUUCAGAUUUAUAUACAUUUGCUCGAUUAUGAUAUAUACAGUUGAUAAUAUAUAAACAUUAUAUGAUAAAAUUAUAUCUUUAAAUUGGAAAUUCAAAGCUUAAAAUUAACAGAGGAAGAUAAUU